AUGAUUAUACAAAGAUUAUAUUUCAUUCCAUGUAUUCUGUUGCUAGCCUUUAUACCUAAAAGUUAUGCCUCACCGAUCCAACAAGACGAAAACACGUUCACUAGCAAGCUUCCAGUGGUUUCGAUUCUGCGAACUGUCCUACUCGGAUACAUGACACACAUUUUAACCAUUCGUCCUAGAACAGGUGUCACUGAUUUUCCUACUGUUUUGCGACGUAUUUCUGCCCUUAUAUACCCUUCUAGUGGAAUCGGUACAGCUGUAGAGUCUAUUUACAAGGCAUUGCGGGCGGAUAAAAUACUUGGAAUAGCCCAAUUCGAGCCUUUUUUAAAGCAAUACAAAGAAGAAGAAGAAGAAUCUAAAGAUAAAAAGACAAAAGAUAAAGGCAGUGAUUCUCUUGAUUCUCUUGAUUCGACGAAUACAACAGCAUUGUCGUCGUCACUUGUGACUAGUGAAUCCAUGCCAGAACACAAGAAAGAUAUAGAAUAUGACGCCAAGACACUUGGACCAUCCGAUAUUUAUUCAAAUGCUUCACAGUUAAGAGAUCGACUAAUCAAAGAUGCAAAGGCAGCAGGUAUUGAGAUUAAAGACCACGACAACGCACCAUAUCUAGCCGCAUUUUUGCAUGUACUUGGUCCCGACAAAGCAAAAAAGACUAAAAGUUGUAUCCUAAAUCGGUCAGUAACUGUUGGGUUCAACAAAGCCAAAACAACUGUACGCAUGGUAUCCAGCUGUGUGGCUGAAGAGAUAUCCGUGGCUGGCCCAGGUGCUGUUUGUGAGAAUCAAGCAGAGAUAUUGCCAAAGGUCUUCCGAUACAUGACAGACAGUAUGAUAGCUCAACUGGAGCCAGCCCAUAAUAUGGACGACACUUCUUUCAUUGCAAUAUUUGUUACUGUGGGACAGUUAUUUUUUACGACAAUAGAGUGUAUGGAUAUAGAUGGAGACAGAUGGGCCAAGGUUAUCAUUAUUAUAUUUACUACAAUGUCUAUUCUUCAGACAUUUUCGCUUCUUGUGCUACACAAACAAACGAUGACCUUUAGUAUCAAGGACGAGGAUGAUGAAAAAAUAUUACUCAAGUACGACAGCCUUGUAUUGACCGAAAAGGAGCUAAAAGACUUUGGUGAUAAGAAUGAAGAUCUGGAAGAUAAUGAAGAAGUGGUCAUAUAUUCUACACUUACAGGAACAAUAGCCUUCUUGUUAAUUGGCGUGUGGGCAGACUAUACUAUUCACAGCACAACAGAAUGGCUUGUAAUAUCCUGGAUUAUUAGCCCUAUGCUUUUUAUUUUUGGUAUUAUUAUUGGCGUUGUACUCGAUUUUACCAAUAAGGUGGUGGCUACUAUAUUGUUUACUUGUAUUAUUAUUGGAUCCAUUGGCUGCCUCACAGCUGCUACAAUUAUUGGAUAUUUGCCAAAAUAA